UCCGUACGUAUCGGCCCCCCUGGUUUACCCCGCUCUCACGUACUUCCACCGUUAGCGCACUUCUGUCGAAGGUUUUUUUCAUCAGUGCCAAUAUGCAGUAACGUGCACCUUCGAUACAUGUUGAAACAGUAUGAUGGUUUGAAUAGAAACAACUGAACGCGUGUAAAAACAUUAAGCGUUUUGGAAGGUAACAUGAAGCGCGCGCGGCUAUGGAGUGCUCUGUGUUUGAUGACCGUCUGUUACCAGCUUGGCAUGUCAAGCAGAUACGGCUGUCUGUUUGAGAAGCGGCUGUGCUCCAGGGAGCAGCUGUGCUCUGACGAUGGCCUCUUUGGACAGUGCCAGGGCUCCAAGCAGGACCGGGUUCAGUAUCAGGUCUCUGUGCCUGUGCUGCAGAGACUGCAGGAGGUGCUGAAGCAGCUGAUGAUUCAGGGUCUCUCCUGGCAGGAUGACAUCACCCAGUACAUAAUCGCCAAGGAGCUGGGCCGGGUUCCCCAAACGCACACCCCUGCCCGAGCUCGGGAUAGCCCCCCGUCACAUGCCUCCCUGCCCCCAGAGAAGUCCACGGGCAGGACGUCCUACCCCAGCGGCUCCAAGUCCCGGGCCGGUGUGGAGCAGCUCAGCCCGGCUCUGGUGCAGCGUUACCUGGACUACAUGAUCCUGUCCGACCCCGCCCAGGCCUCCCUGCACAUGCAGGCACCUCUGCUGGACCCGUACACCUACCACCAGUAUGGGUACCAGGAGGAAGAGGAACGAUCCCUAAACUCUUUAGGGGGCCCCGGGUACCCCCGCCUCUCCUCGGCAUUACGGAGCGAUCGGGCCCACGCCCGGGACCAGGACCGACAGCUGCUGCAGGACCUGCUGUCUCUGUACCUCUCCUCCGCACAGCCCUCCUCUCGCCACCGGGUGGCGGCAGUGUCAGCCUCUCCCUUCUACGAGGAGCUGGACUUCCCACUGGACUACGCCGAGGACUACGUCUCCCAGGAGGAGGAGAUCGGCGGGCGACGGCAGCACAAGAAGGCCCCGCAGAACUACCGGGCCAUGAUGGGUCUGGACGAGGUGACGCUGCAGAGGAUGGCCGCGCUGCUGGAGAGGUACGGCAUCGACGUGAAGGACCUGACCCCCGAGCAGCUGGACAGUCUGAUCGCCGUCCUGCAGGUGCAGCAGAUCAACCACCCGCAAGCCCCCCCAGGUCAUUACAAAGAUGGCACGGGCUCAAUAAAGAAGAUGAAGCUCAUGGAAGGCUCCAUGACACACAUGGGCGAAAAGGCCCCCGUGCCCCCCCCCUCUGCCGCCUCGGCCCCAAACUCCCAGACGACCCCCCCGGAGCGCCCUUCCUCGACUUCGGCCCCCACCACGACCGUCGCCGUCACUGCGGGGGCCGUGGCGACGGUGCAGGGGGCGACCACGCCCGUGCGGGAGGAAGAGGCGAACACGAAGAGUUCCGGGGGCCCCAAGGCGGGGCCUAACGCCGGAGGGGCCCCGCAGAGCAGGGAGGAGUACGGCUACAUCGUCACCAAUCAGAGUCCGCUCAGCCUGUUUGAUGGGGUGCGCUUGCUGGAGACCCUGGCUGAGAGAAUCCAUCUCACCACCAGCACCUUCAUCAACAUCAGCGUGGUGGGUCCCGCCCUGACCUUCAGAAUCCGGCAGAACAGCCAGAACCUGAGCGCGGACGACGUGGCUGAGAAGGCCGUGGCUGAGAAGGUCUUUCUGGAGUCGGAAACAGGCCUGAAAAUACUCCAGACCGGAGUCGGAGAGAGGAGCGACGGGCGAGGGUUGCCCCAGGCGACGCGGGUUCGGGACGGCUCCCGCUGGGUGUUCCUCACCCUGGUGGGCGUGGCGUGCGUGGGCGGGAUCCUGGUGGCGGCGCUGACCAUCGCCUGCCUCCGACACCACGCCCGUCAGCUGGCCUCGGGCAAGCUGGGCCUGGGCCCCGAGGGGGGAAGCGACACGCACUAUGACUACCAGGAAUUGUGUCGUCAGCACAUGGCGGCCAAGUUCGGUCGACAGGAGGCGGGAGGCGGGGCAGGGGGAGGCGGAGGGGGCGGGGGCGGGGGGGGCACGGACACCUCCAGGGUGAGCAGCGUGUCGUCCCAGUUCAGCGACGCCCCGCAGCCCAGCCCCAGCUCGCACAGCAGCACCCCCUCCUGGUGUGAGGAGCCGGCGCAGUCCAACAUGGACAUCUCCACCGGUCACAUGAUCCUGGCCUACAUGGAGGACCACCUGAAGAACAAGGACCGCCUCCUCAGGGAGUGGGAGGCCCUGUGCUCCUACCAGGCGGAGCCCAGCGCCGUGUCCGUGGCCCAGAGCGAGACCAACAUCAAGAAGAACCGCAACCCCGACUUCGUACCCUACGACCACUCGCGAGUGAAGCUGAAGGCGGAGGUCAACCCCUCCCGCGCGGACUACAUAAACGCCAGCACCAUCAUUGAGCACGAUCCUCGAAUGCCCGCCUACAUCGCCACCCAGGGACCCCUCUCACACACCAUCGCCGACUUCUGGCAGAUGGUGUGGGAGAACGGCUGCACGGUAAUCGUGAUGAUGACGGCGCUGGUGGAGGACGGGGAGAAGCAGUGCGACCGCUAUUGGCCGGAUGAGGGCUCCUCCCUCUACCACAUCUACGAGGUGAACCUGGUCUCCGAGCACAUCUGGUGUAAUGACUUUCUGGUGCGGAGCUUCUACCUGAAGAACGUACAGACGCAGGAGACGCGCACGCUGACGCAGUUCCACUUCCUGAGCUGGCCUGCCCAGGGAAUCCCCACCUCCACUCGCCCCCUGCUGGACUUCCGCAGGAAGGUAAACAAGUGCUACAGAGGCCGGUCCUGCCCAAUAAUCGUGCACUGCAGCGAUGGAACAGGCAGAACGGGCACCUAUAUCCUGAUUGACAUGGUCCUGAACCGCAUGGCCAAAGGUUGCGUUUCAGGAGUGAAGGAAAUCGACAUCGCUGCAACCCUCGAACAUAUCCGUGACCAGAGACCAGGCAUGGUGCGCACCAAGGACCAGUUUGAGUUUGCCCUGACGGCCGUGGCGGAGGAGGUCAACGCCAUCCUGAAAGCGCUGCCCCAAUAAGCUCCGCCCACUCCGUGCCGACCCCCUGCCCUCCCUCACGCCCCCCAUCCUCCCCCCCCCGCCGUCUUCUUCUCCUGCGCCUCCUGACACUCGUAGUCACACGGAAAAUGUUAUCUGGAAACAUCCCUGCAUGGCCUUCAUUCUGACUUCAACAAAAAAAGAAUAUACAGUACGAGUUGUUUAAACGAGCUGUGUGUUUCUCCCCUUGUGUUACUGUCCCUUUUUUUUCUUCGGAAGACACGGCGAAUAUCCGGGUGAGCGCGAUGGUAACGACAGAGCCGCCCCCACCCCCCCCCCCCCCACCGGAACGCAAAUCCGUUUCCGAGCCCCUCGCGAGAUCAGAGCGGAAUGGCGGGAGAGGGCACAGCUCUGUGAGAAACCCACUAAGGUCACAGACGCCAUUUUAAUGUCAUUAGCCUUGGCUUUUACGGUUUUACGGUCAGGUGAUCAGGUGCGGUCGCUGCAUUUUAAAGUGUGGGGAACAUCAGGCAGAGAUGCAUUUCCUGUACGUGAUAAGAGACCGAUAAAACCUGUCUGGAAAUUCACCCAACUUCUGUGCCUUCCUCGCUGGUUGUUAUGACGCUCUGCACUUUCUCUCAGUAACAUAAUAAUAAUAAUAAUUAUAAUAAUAAUAGCUCUUUUUACGACAGUUCCACUGCAGAAAUGCAGAAGGACGCUUGUCUUGCGUUCUCCUGGCUGCGUGCUCCCAAUUCCUCUGUGAUCUUGUGAACGGAUUCCCCCCCCACUUUGAAACACUCAGACGAUUACCUGUCUCAAACAUUACACUGCUGAAAGCACAGAGGCCUAAAUGGAUGUGAAAAUCGCUAAUCUAAACCUACUAUGCGCUAACUGUAUCCAGAACUACCUACCAACUGUCAUCUCCGAUUCUGUGGAGUGCCUUUAGCUUCUUCAGCAGUUCUCUGGAUUGAGUGAUUCCACACUUUUUAAAAAUCAUUUCUAAGGUUCUAAAGUACACUCUCAAAAAAGAAAGGGUAACACCGGAAAUUUUCAUUUUUUCAGUAUCGUCACCGUAUCCCAUGAAAACGCGAAAACCGAAAAUGUUUCUGUCCAACUCUUCGGUACUUUUUGACAAUGGCACUUUUUUCGUACCUCACUUAGCGUUCAGCUCGGAAAGCCUCUCAUUUCAGUUGUGCACAGAAGUAAUUGAGUACUGCUCAGAAUGACGUAUUUUCAUUUUUAGAAAAUGCGACCUAUUAUCACAAAACAACAUGGCCAGUAUACUUUUUUUUAAAACCAGAUUUACAUCUAAAUGGAGCAAAUUGUUAAUUUGAGUGGGGAGCGUUUUUAGAAUUUCAGUGCCGCGCCUAACUACUUUCCACAUAUUGGAAAAAAAAGUUGUUUUCGCUUUUUAAAAAGUUGUUGUCAGUAAAAAGUACAAAGGCCAGGUUCUAUGUAGUAGUGAAUUAUACUGACCAGAGCAACGAUAUGUCUCUGACUUGGUUUAAUACUUUUUUGGACAACAUUGGAGUUCUGUGACUUCUGGUAUUAUCAGCAUUGGCUAGACUGACAAUAAUUGUUUGUAGAAAAUAUUAAUUGGUCUUUUCAUAGUAUCACGUUGACAAUACUGAAAAAGUUUAAAUUACCUGUGUUAUCCUUUAAACACAUCUGUUUUGAGAGUGUAGUGCCCAACAAAUUAUGAUUGAGCUUACUGUUAAAAAAAUUUGCUUUUUAGACACCACUCACAAAACUGGAUAGAUCUCUUGCAGCAUUACACCAAGAAAAUUCUGUUUUCACAACUCAACAGGUGGUCAAUAUAAGGUCAAUUUAAUACAUAAAAGCUGGUAUUUUGUGUUAAAUCCGUUCUUUAGUCUUUGUGGCAGUUAUCUCACUACUGUCAGUGUUUUCUUUCUGAAUUUGCUCAGAAGACACAUGCUAGUUUUGUGAGGUAAAUCUCACGCAAAACUAGCGUAAGUUCACCUAUGCCAUGAUAGGGACCACUGAACAUGUGUGAGGAGUUGGUCUGCUUUAAAUAUCCCCCUCCCCUACCCCUGCCCCCCCCACCCCCACACUAUUUGAUUUUCCCGUCAGCACGUUCACAAACUGUCUGUUUCUGCCUGUCGACCUGUCACGGUAUUUUCAAAACGACAAAAACGUCAGAAUCCGUUUCUAUCUUUUUUUUUUUUUCUUUUUCUUCUCACUGUUGCAUAUGCACAAAGAGGGGGAACCUUCUCUGUCAGGUCUUUUUGGAUGUGCUCAGAAUGCAACGAGUGUUACCGAAACGAUCGAGCCGUUACAACUGCCUGUCGGAGAUCCCUUUAUAGGUGGUGUGUGUGUGUGUGUGUGCGUGUUUGGGGUGGGGGUGUGUGUGGGGGGGGGGGGAGGCGAGUCGUGACUGCUGGGGCUCCUCUGAUUCCCUACGUCAUUUUUCCACAUUUAUACCCGGCUCCUGUACCACCCUGCAGCUGCUCUCUCCCUCUUUCCCUCCCUCCCUCCCUCUCUCUCUCACUCUCUCUCUCUGCCCAUAAACACAGGAGCAGGUUCAACCUCUGUCGCCAUCAAUGAUCGUUGUAAAUGAUUGAUCUCGUAUUGCUGUGUUCCUGUAGCAAACAAGUAGAAAACAAAAUAAAUAAACAAAAAAAAAAAGACAAAA